GAGCCGCAGUGACAGAAGCGAGCGGAGCUGCCGCCGGGUGGGACUCACCGAGGCGCAGGGGCUGGAGGUGGUGCUGGGGCUUUUGGUUUGAAGUCUAUUUCAAAGUCUGAUUGGCCCAGAUGAGUGAGUCAGCAUCUCAAGAGGAACCCAAACCUGCUCAGGAAGAUGGAAAAGAAGACAAAGAAAGGAAAGAGGAAGCACCUGAAGUCAAAGAGCCUACUGAGAGUUCACAGAGUGAACCAGGCAGCUUUGCAUUAGACACCAGCAGCAAUGAGGUAGAAACAGCAGCAGAUGAAAUCAAAAACCAAGAAAUACACCUGGAAGAGCAGACAAAAACCUCAAUUUGUUCAAUAAAGGACUCUAACACUAGAGUCUCGAAGACUUUGGUGGUUAGAAAACCUGCAAAAGUGAUUUUCAAUUUAGAUCCAACUGCACUGAACUCAAAGCUAGAACAGCCAUGGAAGAAAAAUUUUUUCGAAAGAUUGGAAGCAAGAGCCCAGGCAAUGCAGCAGAAAAUAAUAGAUAAGGACAAUCUGAAGAAAGAACUAGAAAAAAAGGCUGAAAAAAAACUCUCUAGGGAUAAUUUGGCCAAAGAGUGGUUUAAUGCUGAAAACAUGACACUGAACACUCGUGCAUAUUUGCUUGACAAACUUCUGCCUACCUUAGUUCCUGGAGUGGAAAAAAUGUUAAUGCAAGUGGAAAAGAAGAAGCUUCGGGCAGAUGUUGAUAAUACAACCAAGUUUAACCCAAUUAAUCAUUUGGGGGAAUACUUAAUGAGAAACAAUCCUUAUUAUAUCAAAGACUCAGGAAUGUCUGGUUAUCAAAGGGUGAUGAGGGAUGUCACAGAAGCCCUGAAGAUACAUGUUCCCGACACUACUGGCAACAGAAUAAGCAAGAUGAAGGAGAGUAUUAAACAGAAACGAGAACAAAGACAAUGCAUAACAGAAGUCAAAGUCCAGGUGGCCAAUACACGGAAGCAGGCUCUGCAGGAGCAGUUUAGUGAAUGGAUUCUAGACCCCAAAGGAAUGAUUCCCCUGGUAGUGAUUCAGAAUGUUCUUCAUGAAUUUUUUCAAAAUCCAGAUUUCCAUCUUGAAGCAUGUUGCAAACAAUUGGAUAUUGCUGACUCAAUGGAACCAAGAUUGAACAAAAUGGAAUUUACAGAGUACAUCUCUUCACACAUUGCAGACUUUAAAAGUGAAAUGUUUGAGAAACUCCUUAAGCACAUUUGUCAUUGUGCAGAUGAAUUCCGGGAGGUCAUAAAAAUGGACAUGCGGAGGCAGAUGUUUGCUGAACUCUUCCUGCAUUGUGACCGUGGGAAGGUAGGGUUUUUGGAUCGGCAGAGGACAUUGGCCUUGCUGGAAACAUUCUAUGACCAAAGUUCAAAAACGCUUAGAAGUUUGCUGCGAAACCCAAGACAAUGGCCAUUCAUUGAAUUUGAAGAGAUAGACUUGCCUGAGUUCUGGGGAGACAUGGAUAAUCAGAAACAUAUUUAUGAAGACUUUGACAAAGUGCUCUUAGAGAUGAAUGCAUUACUUUCUGAAAAACAUGCUAGCAAAACCCAAAGCAAGUUGUUAGAAACUCCAGAAGAUCAACAUAAACAUGAUGAACAUAAUGAAUCAAUACUGCCAGAAGAGCAGAGAGAGACGACUUCAGAACAAGAACCAAACAGAAUUUCAACCGAAGAACAACAAGACAGAGAGUCAACUGGAGAAAAAGAACUAUACAGAGAAUCAGUAACAGAACAAGAAACCCACACAGGGUCAACUCCAGGACAAGGAUCAAGUAGAGAGUUAAUAGAACAAAGACCACAUGGUGACUCAAUCAUAGAACAAGGGCCACCACAAAGAGUGUCAUCUUCAGAACAAGGAGUCAACAUAGAAUCAACUGCAGAACAAGGACUCUACAGAGAAUCAAUAUCAGCACAAGGACAACAUAAAGGGUCAACAGCAGAACAAGGAUCACACAGAGAAAAGUCAGUAGCAGAACAAGGAUCAUACAGAGAGUCAGUAGCAGAACAAGGAUCACACAAAGGGUCAGCUGCAGAACAAGAACCAUCCAGAGAGAUAAUUCCAGAAAAACAACAGGAUUCAACUUUACAAUCAGAAAGAGGUAGUAUCUUCAGAGAAAGUAAAAUAUCUAGGGAGGCUACUUCCUAUGAGUACACUGAAAUCUCCCCACGGGAAGAGAAGACUCAGGAGCAAAUAUAUGAAGAGGAACUAUCUGUGAGUCCUGAACUGCAAGAGGAAGUCCCGACGUCAAGAAGAAAAGAUCAUCUUUCAGAAACGACAAAAAAGGAAAGUCAGAAAGAUCCAUCCUGUGAAAAGUCCCAAGAAAUAGAAGGAAAGUCAUGGUCAGGCGAACUUUUGACUUGUAACUGGAAGAUGAAUUGUAUCAAAUGUGAAGAUGAGGAACAAGCAAACUUACUCCUCAGUAACUCCAGGUUUACAGACCUACACUCAGUUAUCAGAAAUAUUCAGUCUUACAAGGAAGUAAAAGGUAGAAGUGCUUUCAAUGGAGUUUCCUUAAAUCUGCUCCAGUUUGUGCAACUUCUGGAAACAUUUAUUGGUGAAGAUGCCCCCUUGUGUGUCAGUGAGACCCUCACAUCCUUUUUUAAGCGGGGCUAUGUUGAAACAAAAGAAGAGAAAAUAAGUGGCUUAGAACAGGCUAGACAAAAUGCUUCCAGAGCCCGACGGGAACUUCUCCUAGAAGCCGUGUUUCACAAGUGGGACAGUGAUGGCUCAGGCUUCCUGGAUCUGAAGGAAGUUGAUGAACUCUUGUACACAUACAAGGAGGGAAUGGAAAAAGAAUCUAUGAAGAAAGCUAAACUACACAUCCAAUUUUCAAAGCCACACCCUGACCAAGAAGUGAGGUUGUCUUUAAAACAGUUUCAGAAAUACAUAGAAUUGGUUGUAUCUGAACUCAGGGGCAAUGAAGAUCAUGUUCUGGAAAGUGUUGUGGAGUUUCUGAUGAAUACUUUAGAAAGGAGCCAUAUUGAGAAUCUGAGGAAUUGUGCCAGACGGAAAUGGCUGUACCAAAUCCAACGUGCUGCAGAGACAAGUGGGGUGUCCCUGGAGCCGGUGUACACGGAGACCUUUAAUGCCCUCACCCAGGAUGCUGAAGCCCAUGGGAAUAAGAAGAUCAGUGCUCACAUUUCCCUCUUAGAAGAGAACCUACUACUGCCUGAUAGAGGGGAAGUUCUAUUGAGGAACAUAGCUUGUACUUUAGAUGAUGCUCCAUUUGUACUGAACCGAGUGCUCUACAGGGACAUGAAGGGAAUCAGCUUCACAGUAGUGGAUGAAGGAAAGCCAAUACACGUGCCCCAAGUUCAACACCACGGGAACAUCUUUUUCUGGAACCAUUCCCUCAAGAAGAAUGAUCAAAAUGGGUCAUUCCUGGCUCUGCCUCUUCAGGAUGCAUAUAUGAGGAUCUUUGGGGUCAUGGCUGUCGACACCCUAAGAGAUCCCAAAAAAAUAAACAUCUUUGUACCUCAUGAGAUCAGAUUCUAUCAGGGUGUCGCCAAUGUCUUCAGCACUGCCUAUCACUAUGUGCACAGCAGGGAGCACAUCCUGCAUGUUGUGAUCAGGGGCAUUGGCUGGCUCUGUGAUAUCACAUCUGACAUCACCACCAUUACGACGUACUUUGUUGAGCCCGGCCCAACGCGGGAUUCAGACUAUGUUUUACGCAAUAUGAUGGUUACCGGGCACCUGGGUCUAACAGCAAUCCACAAGAACCCCCCUACAAUCUUCAGGAAGACAUGCAUCUUCAGAGACUUCCUCUUCAAGUGUACAGACAGUUCGGAGGUUGUUUUGGCCUCUGUCUGUGGAGAAAACCACAUCAUAAUUCCACUCCGUGAGAGAACAGGAAAAGCCCUGGGAAUUCUUGAUUUUAACAUUGGCAGGAGUAAAAUGUUACUGUAUCGAGAAUUUAAAGAUCUACAGAAAAUGAUGAAGGUGGUCCAAGCUGCCUGCUACGAAAUACUGGGCGAAUUAUCUGGAGAAAUAAAGAAAAACUAUGUCCUAGAGAUUGAAAAUGUAGGAGAAGUCCAGCGGGCAGGAGUUCUCUUUUUCCGAAUCAUGCUGCAAGAGCUGCAAGAAAGCCUCCGGCUGCUUACCUCCCUAGACUUCGUAUCACUGUUGCUCUAUGAUUAUAAUCUUCCACCAGAGUUCACAUCUCCGUCAGAUAGCAAGUCCCAGGAGCUGGAAGCCAACACAAAGCUCGUACAUGACAUCCUGAUAGGGGUGAUCUUGUUCAUUCAUCCAGAGUUGGAAUUAUCAGGUGACUUCAGAAACUGGGAAAAGUGUAAACUGUAUGUUAAGAGUUACUUAGUCGAGAAUAUUUGUGAAUUUGAUCCGACUGCUAAGAAUGUGAAAGUUAAUUUACAGCUCAUUGGCGAACAUAUCAGAGGAAGAACUAAUCAUCAGUUGGGAAAAUGGCUCUAUAGAAAUUGUUCACUAAACCUGUCCCUAUCCUCCCCUUCCCCCCUUUCCUGCUGUCUGUGGAGACUCUGGACCAAGUCAGAAGGGUUUCUAGACUUCUGGGAUACACAUAUGAGGCCAAGAGACUCCGAACCAGAGAGACUCGGAGGAGAAGAGGAAGGGAAAGGCAACCCAGAGGAAGACAUCACACUCCUCGGGUGGCUGUGGCAGGGGAAGGAGGUAGCAGUGAGCCAGGGCAGAUGGAUAAGGGAGGGAGAUCUUCUGGCCUGGGAAGGCAAGAUACUCUUAGAAGUUUGGGAGUGCUGGGGAAGAGGAGAGAAGAUGACGUCCAAAGAAAAGUUAACAUGAGUUCUUGAGGACCAUGAGUGAAGUGAAUAAAGAUUAGAACUUCUAUUUGGAAUGGCUUCUACUGUAGCCUCAGGACUCUGGGCUGAUUCGCGGGAGCCUCUGAAUUCACAGAUGUCACACAGAUCGCUUCUUUUAAGGUGCUACUCAAGGGAAACAGUAAUAACAGUCACAACAAAAACUAACACUUGUUUGCUGGAUCUGUGUCUCUACUCGUUCCAUACUCGU